GUGUUGCUCAGUGCUCAAGGUAAGCCUUUAAAUUAGGAUCAGGUCAGAGGUUAUGGUCAACUGACAGGCUGCAUAUUCGUUAAGCUCUAUAAAUCACAACUCGGACUGAACAUAAACCCUUAAUAAUGCUGAUGUUAAUGAGGGGAAUGUUCUCGCACGUGACUCCUGAGAAGUAACUCAGUCACCUGAAGGGUGUUUACACAGGAUGUUAUUUGUGAUGUGUCGCUCCUUCAAAAGCUCAGGACAGUAAAUCAUAAUGCUUUAGAUGUAGUUAGCGCUGUUUUCAGUAGUAGGCUACCGCUCAGUCCUCAUGAGGGGGCAAAAGGACAGUUUUUAACCGGGAUUCAUAGUCACAUCCUGCAGUGUGCUCAUGAUCUGCUCUCGUCCGUGAAGAGGUGCGACUUCAGCAGCGACAACAUGUGAAACUUCCAAGUCAGUCUUGGUGAACACGAGAUCUUCAAUAAGAAUCCUUCAUUGUUCACCUCAGAUUGAAUGCCUAUAAAAGAGUGAAAUAAGCUGUUGGUAACAUGGGGAAUAACUCUGGAAAAGAACGACAUGGAUCUUCAGGCGCUGCUGUGGACACAUAUGAAACACCUCCCACCUCACCAUAUAGUCUUGUUUCUACUUUGUCACCAACCACUCAGCUGGUGUCCAUUUCCAACUGCACAGCACAGCCACCCCUGAAACAGCUCAAGAUGCUCUCAGUCCACCACGCAUCUCCACCAAUCAGAAUGAUUCGCUGUUGGACAUCAGGACAGGGCCUGCAAAAGAUGCUGAGGAGGAACAUGAGAUAACACAAGCACCUAGUCUGGCGUCUCAUCCGUCAGGCGUGUGUGUCAAUGGAGACACAGAAGUGGACGCAGAACUCCUCCAGGAGUGUUUGAACACACUGCAGCUCAACAACUCUGAAGAAUCUACACACAUACUGAAUGAUCUGUUACAAUGUUUUCUGGUGGAGAGGGAGAAGAUGAAGGAGGAAUUGAGAAGUUGUAAGGAAAAGAUUCAGGCAGAACGUGAGGAGUGGCAGCAAUUCCAGGCUGACCUGAAGGUGGCGCUAGUGGUUUCAGACAGACUGAGGGCAGAAUCUGAGGAAGAGCUAAGUUCUUUAAGAGCAGCAAUGCAGGACAUGGGCACACAGCUAGCCGAUGCCUUACAGGGUCGUCGGGAGGUCGAAGGUCAACUGGAGAGCCUCAGAGUUGAACUGGAGCAGAGCAAGCAGAAAUUGAAGCAGGUCACAGGCAACCACCAGGCGAUGCCGGCACUGAAGGGCCUAGAGAAACAAGUGGAGGGUUAUAAGAAGAGCACUGGACCCGAAGAGCAUCUGUGGACAGAUGAGAUAAAGGGAAAAAGAGAAAUACACAUCUCUGGUACUACAGAGAGGUCAAGAAGUCUGUGCAGACUGCCCUCCAAUUACCCUGAUGUCGUUGUAAAUGGUACUUCCCAACCCUCCGUUACUAUGACAACAGAAUCUACUCCUCAGAGCAAGACUCAAGCAGUAAGUUUAGAGCAGCAGAACAACAGGACCAGCUCCAUUAAAGAUAAGAAAGUGGAGAAUUCAAACCCACAAACAUGCAGCUCAUCGGGUUUAGAUGUGACAAAUAAGAUCAACAGGACAAGGACACAGGAGGAUUUCCCAUCAGGACUCAGGUCGCUGAGGCUUCAUGGAAGUUCCAGGCGGAACUCCCUGCUUCGCUGGUGUCAAGGCAGAACUCAGGGAUACAAGAAUAUUGAGAUCACUAAUUUCAGCAGUUGCUGGGUGGACGGUUUGGCCUUUUGUGCGAUUUAUCACAGUUACCUCCCCUCUCACAUACCAUUUGACAAACUCAGUCCAGAGAACAAGAAAGAGAACCUCACUCUAGCAUUCCAGACUGGAGAAGGUUUUGGAAUCUCUGCAUCACUGACGGUGGAGGAGAUGCUAAAAGAUGAUGCACCGGACUGGCACAGAGUUCUGGAAUACGUAGAGUGCAUCUACCGACAUUUUGAGAUGUGAGACUCUGGAUAUAUACAGUACACCUCCUGAUCAUUUGCACAGUGAUCACGAAUGCUUUCAGAAUUUCACCACAACAACAAUACGGCCUCGGAGGGGAGCACACAACUUUGAACAACAUUAAAGUGGACCUUAAAGUUCAUCUUUAGCUGCUGGUUUGUAUUUGAGACACUAGAUAAGAAAGUUUGGCUGGUUAGCAUGGCCUGCUAACUCUGCCAUGUAUUCUGACUUAUUGCAAGCAACAAAUGAAUUGCUUGUUUCAUCAUAUAAUACUGAAGUGCUCUUAAUGAACUUAAAGUCGCAUUAAACAGAGGUUGCAAUAGUCUUUUCUUCUCUAUUGUGAUGUAUUACAGUGAAACGUCUUCUCGAACAAGAAAAAAUGUAGGGCGGGACUUUUAUUUUGUUCAUUGGAAAAUUAUUGGAUCAUUGUGGUUUGCUAUCGCUGUAAUCUCAUGUGCCAGAAAACAUCAUCACAAAAAGAGAUGUCACUGCAAGUGUGAGGACUUGAGAGGAAGUCAUUGUGAUUAAAGAUUAUGAGGGCACAUGAAUUAGAAAAAAAAAUCUGAUGUGCACGGAUAAGUCAUUAUAAUAAAUACUGCAAUAUUCCAUGAAAAUACAAGAAUUGUCGAAUUUGAUUUCAUGGUGACUGUGUGCCUUCUUGUUGUGCCAUUUAAGUGUUAGUUCACCCAAAAA